CUCAGAAGGGCUCUUUCCCGUCCGUCUGUUCUUCUGCGUGAUGGAUCUUCAAGGCAUUUGAUGCGCCAUGGCCAUUUCGUCCAGAUUCCCGUCAUCUCUCGCUCGUGUGCCGUCCCUUCCCAUCCCCAGCCGCCCGCCAACCAUUCGCAGGAGCCGCAGAUUCGCGUCUGCAGCAAUGGCAGCCAGUGCUGAGGGCCCACCUGUGGCAGCUGAAGCGGCUGCUCCGCCGGCGAUAUCUGUGCACAAGGGCUACAAGAUCCAGGCGUCCCUGUGCGUUGACCGGCUGCCCAUCGAGUACUCAGAGCCCAAGUACUGCAAAGAGUGGAGGGAAUUUCGAGAAGAGUGGGAGGAACGCACCGGUGAGUCAGCGGGCGGACCGAGCCUUUGUUUGUCUGUGCGCUCAUCUGUGUGUUGUGUGUGUUGUGUGACAUCAGGCACCAAGAUGUCCGUGCCGGACGAGGUGACGUUCAUGAGCUACCCCUUUCAGUUCCUGCUGACCGAGGAGGAGCAGAGGAAGCGGCGGGUCCUGGUGGAGAAGACUGGCGACGAGACCAUGUCAGAGCUCGAGUACCUGCUCUCACAGGCAAGUAACUAACACCGCCACCCCACACGCACCUGCAGGCAGUCAGGCAGGCAUCAUCGAGGCAGAGUGGACGACCCCCGUUGUCUGAAUGACCGCAGGAAGGCCUGUCGCUCAGCGCCCAGGCGCCCCGCAAGAGGAAGGCCAAGACCAAGGCAUUGGACGCCUCGGCUGACGAGGCGGCACGUGCCCGUGAGCUGGCGAGGGCGACGGUGCGGUCGCUUGAGAGGGAAGGGCUGCGGCACGUGUAUCUGGUGGUCAAGUAUGGCAGCAAGUGGAUGUUCCCUCUCACCGACAGACGGCCAAACGACACCAUGAGAGAUGUAUGUAUGUGAGGGAGUGAGUCACAGAGAGGGUCACAUUGUUCGCUGCCCUCUCUCCACGUGUAUGUUAUGUGUGUUGGUUCAUCCCUCUCCCUCUCUCUGUCAGACGUUGCGUCGUCUGUGCGCGGAGCAGCUGGGUGAAGGGUUCAGCCCCUGCUACGUGGGCAGGUGCCCCUUCACACACGACAAGCUCCACUACGGUCACGGCCAGCUGGGCAUCUUGGGCAGGAAGGUACAUAUACAAUGACAAACACCCAUAUUCAUGACAUGACAUUCACACAACAUUGCCCCUCAUUGCGUGUGUGCGUGUGUGGCGUGGUGUGCAGGUGUUUUACUACCGCGGCUAUCACGUGCCCGGGACGCCCAACGUGCAGCCGCCCCGCGACGGCCCCGUGGCCGACUACGCGUGGCUGACGAGGUCGGAGCUGCCCAAGUACCUGUCGGAGCACAAGAUGUAUGUGGCGCACCCUGGGCUGCCACUGGACUGACUGACCGACCAAUCGACCGGGGGCCUUUCCCCAAGGUGUGUGCUGUGUGCAGCCAGCCCGCUGUUUGUGUUUAGCGGUACUGCUCGAAGGCAUCGUGACAGAGACGAUGAAGUGUCUGUCAUUACACCUUCUAGCAGCCCGUCUGAACACAGAGAGUGGCGUGGCGCGCUGAGAAAAAAUGUGUAUGGCCAAGAAACCCUAACACUUGGACUGAUGGACGUGUCCCGUCUCUAUGUGAGUGUGAGAAUGUUUGUGCGUUUGGAGUGAGUGGGUUGGUGCGUCGUGUCGGCAAGCAAGGCCUAGGCGGGUGGGGGUGGUUAAUGCAGAGAGUGGUGUCGUUAGUUAGGCCUUUGUCGUCGUUAGCUGUGAGCCAGAGGAGACACAUCGACCGACUGACUUCAUUCGUCACAAAUUGGUCUUCCUCACAACGCACUCACUGUGCCGGCACACACUGCCAGCCAUUCGAAUUCAUCUGCGUAUGCCUCAUCUA